AUGGAAGUUGAUAUUCUGAUGGAAAAAGCACGAAGCACAUUUUACAAUGCAUUAAUUGUUUAUGGAGAAGAUGUUGAUGGAUGCUUAUCAUUAGAAGGUGGUACUGUAAAAAUGAUCGCACAAUUUUUGCCACAACUUCAGCAACUUCAUGUUUUUGUCAAUCGUUGUUAUGAAGUAUUUCAUAAUAUCAUUUCUCAGCUUCAUGCUUUUCUUUCCUUAAAAAGCGAUGUUUUGGAGCAAGCUCAAGAAAGAAAGAUGAUGAGAAUGUGGCACUCACUUGGAUUGCUAUUAUCCAUUUUGAUUUCACUUGACGAAAUUAUACAUCAACAGUCAACUUUACAACAACACUGGCAAUCUUAUUAUAAAGCAAUGCAACUGGUAGCUCAUAAUCCAUCUCAGUUUGGUGCAGAAUCAGAUUUGUUACAACCUCUUCAGCGGUUAAUUACAAGCAUCGAUCAAUCAAUUAUGAAAGCUAAUCUUUACAAAAAUUGUUGUAAACAAAUGUUCGAGAGAAAUUUGCAGGAGGAUCAUCAAUUUAAUGAACGAAUGAAAGGAAUAACAAUUGAAAUGUUCGAAAAAUGGGAUCGGGUAGCUACGGAUGAUAUGCCGGAUAAGCGUAAAUUAAUGGCAAUCGUUGCCCUUGCCUUAUGUCAUAUGUUCAUGUUCCGAAAAGUUGAUAAGAAAAUGAUGCGAACCAUUUGGAAUAGUUAUAAAAAGCUCCCAACAUUUCAUUUGUAUGGAUAUGUUAUUUGGUCGCCAUGUGAAUUUAUGUUGGAAAAUUUGACUGAAGUAGAUCGUGUGAUUGAUAAGAAAAUGAUAGCUGCAAUGACAGCUGCAAAAUCUGCUCAAUUUAUUCAAAAUAUGGAAGCACUACCACGAGAAGCAGCGAAUACAAUAAAUGUUUUAGAUGAAUGGAAAUAUGAUAUGAAUGAAAAAUUAAAUGAAACAUCAAAGCAAGUAUCGAGGGAUCAUUUGGCAUUGCGAAUUUCAUUGUUUUUGCGAGGUAUUCGCUAUGCAGAUUUGUUGUGUCGUCUUUUAAAAACUUUAAUGAGUAGAUUGGUGAUAGAACAGAAGGCUAUAUCACGUAGUUCAGCUUCAGCUGCAUUUCGUUUAAUUGAAACCAUUAAGGAAAUUGAGAAGAUAUUUUGGAAAUGGCGAUAUGAUAUUUUAGAAAGUUGUCAAGAAGCAUCUCAAUAUUGCAAUGCCAAACUAAUCCAUUUGAUCAGUGCAGUGCAUCAGACAAUUCGUAGCGAAACAGAUUUUUCCUAUCGCACUGUUGAUACACUUUCUGCUUUAACUGUUGCUGAGAAUGCUCUUUCGAGUUCGAUUUCACGAACCAAUUUGAUCGUUGCUAGCACAGCAUUAGAAAUGGCUUGUUAUACGAAAAUAUUUCGUGGUAGUGAUGCUGAAAAAAUGGAUGAAUUAUUUAUACGUCUAGAAACUCUCUCAUCACUAGGAAAUAUUGUUUAUCGCACCUGUAAUUGUUCUUUUUUAUUCUGGCAUCGAUCGUUUAUUGCUGCAUAUUUUAGUGCAAUUAUCGAAGAUAACAACUCACGACCUGAACUUUUCUUUGAUGCAAUUAAUGACAUAGAAACAAUAUUGGGUUCAGAUGACAGUGAGCAGAAUAUAAAAGUCAAAGAAUCGGUACGGGAAGAAUUGUACGAGUUAUACGAGAAGCUUUAUUUGAAAAAAUUAUGCGAAACAGUAGAAACUGAUUUACGAUUAACCGUUCAUUCUCAUCUCCAACUGGACGAUCGUACGCCGAAAGAUCCAAUGCAUGAUGCAAACAUGCGUUUAGUUAAUUUAUUGGAACUACCUGCGGUGCAACUGUUUGAUCGAUUGAUUGAUAUUAAAAGGUAUGUUGAAAAAUAUUUGGAAAGUACAUUCUACAAUUUGACAGCUGUCGCUUUGCAUGAUUCGAACACUUACAUGGCAAUGAGCUUAUUGGCUAAACAAAAAUAUAAUUUAAUCUUAUGUCAGAGUCGUCUACCAUUCCAAAAACUUGACCAAGGUCCAGAUGUGUUAUUUAUUGCUCGAAAUAUCGAUUCAUUUGUGGAAAAUUAUGAUUAUAAUUUAAAUGAACAGUUCUUCAUCGAAAAAGACAGUAAAAGCAAGCAAUUAACAAUAUUAACAGUAGAACAUGUUGCUAAUUCAAUACGAACUCAUGGUAUGGGUAUUAUGCAUACGACGAUCAAUCAUGCUUAUCAGUUUCUCAAAAAGAAAUUUUAUAUUUUCUCACAGCUCUUAUACGAUGAUCGUAUUAGGAAUCAGUUGAUUAAGGAUGAGCGAUAUUUUCAUGAGAAUGCUGAGAAACUCGAAAAAAUGUAUCCAGUAAGUCGAGCGCAACGUUUCAGCGCUUCAAUUCGACUUCUUGGUGUUGCGGAUGAUGAUUUGUAUUUGGAUAAACUGCGUAUUUUGAUCACUGAGAUUGGAAAUGUUAUGGGUUAUGUAAGGCUUGUUAGAUCAGGUGGCGUUGAAGCGAGUAUGCAGUCUUUGGGAUUUCUUCCUAAUCUCGAUGAUGUCCCAUCCUUCGAACCGCUUGCAGUCAAUGCAAAACUAUCAUCAGAGACUAUCAGUGCCGCUAAGUUGCUAGAUAAUGUUUUCGAUGUAGCAAAAAAGAAUGUUAAUCAGUCGGACAACUAUUUACAGAUUCUUGUGGAAGUAUUUGCACCAGAAUUGUGCGGGAAUACGAAAUAUGAACAUUUGAACUUCUUUUACAUGAUUGUGCCACCACUGACGAUUAAUUAUGUCGAUCGAAUGCUUUCUUGCAAAGGAAAAUUAGGACGAAGAGCGAAACAAAACAAUACCUUUACUGACGAUGGAUUUAUUCUUGGUGUAGCAUUUAUCCUGGUACUGCUGGAUCAACACACCUAUUUUUCAUCUUUGAACUGGUUCCAGUCUGUGGCUUGUGAAUGUGAAGAACAAAUUGCCAAUGCUUCAUUUGGCUCUAAAAGUUCAUCAACCAAAAAUGCUUUAGAUCCAUCAGCAGCAAUCCGUCUGGCUAAGCUAGACCAAUACCAAAAAGAAUUCCAAUUGCUUUCGUACACAUUUAGCUCGGCUAAAAUAUUUUUUAACUCAAAUCAAGAUGUAGCAGCUCAGUCGUUGCACACUACAGAAUCGCAAUAA